AUGAUUUGAUAGUUGCAGAACAUUCCAAUGGCAGGAGAUUAAACAGAAAGUGAAAUCAGAAGAACUGAAAAAACAUGAAAGAAGAGAUGAACUACAGGUCUGGAUUAAGAGCUCAAGAUGUUUAAAGGACCAGAGGCUUAAUCUAGACGAUUGAGGGAUGUUUUUACUUCAAUUAUCAAUCUCAACCACCAUAUCCAGCUCUCUAACACUCUCUUUGCCAAACUAUUUGAUUCCAUUCAGUCAGGCAUUUUCACAAACAGGUUAUGGGCAGAAACAGAACCAGAGGCUUAAUCUAGACGAUUGAGAGAUGUUUUUUCUCAAGUGGGCAUUUUCACAAACAGGUUAUGGGCCAUAUCCAGCUCUCUAACACUCUCUUAGCCAAACUAUUUGAUUCUAUUCAGUCAGGCAUUUUCACAAACAGUUUAUGGGCAGAAACAGAAACAGCGAAUUGAAUGAGUUUAAAAAACUAUGAGAAAUCGUCAUACCUUCUAACAACCAUAUCUUUGAUUGUUCCAUUUCUCCCACCGUACCACGUCUUCAAUUCCCAAAGUAAACUGCAUCGCAGACUCAGAUUUGAAAGUAACGACAGAGAAGGAUUAUGAGUUAGGUAUACCAUCGGCAUCACAAAUUUCAGAGAUCUGUUACGGAUUUGAGAGUGACCCAAUUGGAUUAAAUGCUUUGCCAAUCAGAUUGAAAACUUGUUGCAGUCAAUCUUGUUGUACGGUGGACAAUGAUAGUGAAAGAAAUGGCGUUGCCUUUCUUAUCCGUCGGCCAUGGAAGCGUAAUGAAAGAAAAAGACUCACAUCUGCUUCUUCCUCUUCUAUGGCGACUUCGAUUGAAUUGAUAUGGGUACUCAUCGUUUCAAAUUGUCCUUAUUCGAAUCGCUUUCUUCUGAUCAGAAUCAGAGAAUUUCAAAGCUUAUCGGUUCGUCUUCGCUGUUUCAGCAAUCAUUCAAAGGGAUUUCUCCACUGUUCUUCCAUAAGAAAUUAGUGCCAUGAACAACAACCCAUCACAGGAAAAUGUUGAAACUGAAGGCAUUUCUUCAAAGAAUGUGAAGAAUGAGUCCUACAGAAGUGUGCUUAUGCUGGCUUACCAAAGUUUAGGAGUUGUUUACGGCGACCUCAGCACGUCGCCUCUAUAUGUUUAUAAAACCACAUUCUCUGGGAAAUUGAGUUUACAUGAGAAUGAUGAAGAGAUUUAUGGGGUUUUAUCCUUCAUCUUCUGGACGUUUACACUCAUUGCUCUCUUCAAAUAUGUUUUCAUUGUCAUGUCAGCCGACGAUAACGGUGAAGGGGGUACCUUUGCUCUGUACUCUCUUCUCUGCAGGCAUGCUAGAUUAUGCAUUCUACCAAAUCAAGAGCCUGCUGAUGAAAAGUUAUCUGCAUAUGAAAUGAAGGAAAGCUUGGAGACAAGACCAAGUGCUGCUCUAAAAUCUUUUUUUCAGCUGCACCCGUCUUUUCGAAAAGGUUUUUUGGUGUUCGUGCUCUUCGGAACCUCCAUGGCUAUUGGUGAUGGAGUGCUCACUCCUGCAAUAUCAGUUCUUUCAGCAGUCUCGGGAGUCAAACAUAAGAUCACUGGACUCCAUGAGAAUUAUGUUGUUUUAAUCUCGUGCGUCGUCUUAGUUGGAUUGUUCUCCCUUCAGCAUUGUGGAACACACAAAGUUGCUUUCAUGUUUGCUCCAAUCAUCACGACAUGGCUCGUCUCUAUUAGUGUUAUCGGAAUGUAUAAUAUUAUCAAGUGGAAUCCGCGUAUAUACCAUGCUCUCUCUCCCGUUUAUAUGCUGAAGUUCCUUCAUAGCACGGGCGUUGAAGGUUGGAUUUCAUUAGGCGGAGUCGUUCUCUCGAUAACAGGUGUGGAGGCAAUGUUUGCUGAUUUAGGCCACUUCUCGACGCUUUCGAUCAAGAUUGCCUUCACAUUUCUUGUAUAUCCCUCAUUGAUUCUUGCUUAUCUGGGUGAGGCUGCAUUCCUUUCUAAGCAUCAUGAAGAUAUUCAGAGAAGCUUCUACAAAGCGAUACCCGAAGCGGUGUUUUGGCCGGUGUUCGUCGUGGCCACUUUUGCUUCUGUUGUAGGAAGUCAGGCCGUGAUUUCGGCUACGUUCUCGCUCGUAAACCAGUGCUGUGCUCUGAAUUGCUUCCCCCAUGUGAAAACUAUGCACACUUCAAACCAGAUAUGUGGGCAAAUUUAUAUUCCAGAAGUUAAUUGGAUGCUAAUGUGCCUUUGUUUAGCUGUGACAAUUGGCUUGAGAGACACGAACAUGUUAGGCCAUGCAUAUGGGCUGGCAGUCACCAUUGUUAUGUUCGUCUCGACUUGCUUGAUGGCACUCGUGAUACUAAUCGUUUGGAAGCAGAGGUUGAUCGGCGCCAUAGCGUUUUUCAUGUUUUUCGGGUCCAUUGAACUACUUUACAUCUCGGCAUCAAUCAGCAAAGUUCACGAAGGUGGGUGGAUACCCAUCGUGCUUUCUAUACUCUUUAUGUGUUCGAUGUAUACAUGGUACUACGGGACAAUGAAGAAACACGAAUACGACGAUGAGAACAAAGUGUCGAUGAAUCGGAUACUUUCUUCCGGGCCUAGCCUUGGCAUAGUGCGUGUGCCCGGAAUAGGCCUCAUAUACACUAAUCUGGUCUCUGGUGUUCCUGCUGUUUUUGGUCACUUUGUAACCACGUUGCCUGCAUUUCAUCAAGUGCUCGUGUUUGUUUGUAUAAAGUACGUUCAAGUUCCCCAUAUCGACGAAGAACAUCGACUGCUCAUCACAAGGGUGGGACCGAAAGAAUGCAACAUGUUUCGGUGCGUCGUGAGGUAUGGCUAUAGGGAUUUGUUACAAGAAAACUACGAUUUCGAGAACAGGUUGGUGUUUUCUCUAAUGCAAUAUGUAGACACAGAAGAUCAGUUUUGGAAACCAAUGACACCUUGUGAAUAUGAACCAUUGGAGCAGUCUUCCUACAAGUAUAAAGCGACAGAUACUGCGGUCGACGAUCGGGAGAAGACGACACAUAGCGAGGAAGCGAUGCUGAUAAUGAGAGCGAAAGAGUCGGGAGUCACGUACAUUUUCGGGCAUUGCUCGGUCAAGGCCAAGAAAUCGUCCUCCAUUCUAAAGAAGUUGGGUAUUGAUAUUGUGUAUGCUUUUUUGAACCAGAAUUGUAGAGAGCCUGAGGCUUUACUGAAUGUGCCUCACACUUCUCUGUUGGAGGUUGGUAUGGUUUAUUAUGUAUAGUUUCAACCAAUAAACAUAAGCUUAGAACCUCAUCUCAAGGCAUUGUUCUUCAUGUUUUGAUAUGAACAUGUAGCUUUCUUUUCUACUUUU